AUGCUGAAAACUCAUUUCGGAACUACACAAACACUUUUGGAAACGUUGGAAAAACGAAUACCUACAGACUCUCCAGCUUCGAUCGAAAUGGUCAACCGGUCAAAAGAACCUAACGGUCGAUUCAUUGGUCCUUAUUCGAGAACCAACUCCUCCGUUGUGCUGGAAGCUUGGCAGGAUCACAGAAGUACAUCCAGGACAAGAUGUUGUCGUCAGGGUAGCCACCGUCAAGACUGCAACCGGGCUUCUCAAACGUCCAACAGUCAAACUCUGUUCUUUGUCAAUAUGUUGAAUGAAUCCGGCAAAGCGGGCAGCAUGUUCACACACACAGUUGCGAAGAUAAUUACGCACACCACUGCCCUUCCGUCAACCUCAAGCUUAUCGUGCUUGUCAGAAAAGUAG